AUGGCAAUGUUUGAUAAAGCAACGCCUUAUCUAACAAUGACAAGCAUGGAGUUUGUAUAUGCAGGGAAUUCAAUACUUCCUAAAAUUUCUAUGAACGAGGGAAUGAAUCAUUUUGUUUUGGCAGUGUACAGAAGCAUCUUGGCCACCAUAGUUUUUGCUCCUUUGGCCUUUUUCCUUGAAAGGAAUUUGCGAACCAAAAUCACUUUUGCAAUAUUUUGUCAGAUUUUUGCUCUUGGUCCGUUGGGGCCACUGAGUAAUAUUUUCUAUUACGUGGGUUUGAAACAAACUUCUCCCACAUUCGGAAUUGCAAUGCUUAACUUAAUUCCUGCUUCUACUUUUCUGAUUGCUCUCAUUUUCAGAAUGGAGAAGAUAAGAAUUCGAGAGAUACGCAGUCAAGCAAAGAUAGUGGGAACACUUGUGGGUGUGUGUGGAGCAAUGCUGAUGACCUUCUACAAAGGACCUAUUAUUCCCAUGCCUUGGCCUUCACACGACCAAUUGAAGAAUCACGAUGAUAGUAAUACGGAUAUGGUCAAAGGCUGCCUUUGUUUAAUUGCAUCAAUCAUUUCUUGGGCUUCCUUGAUUAUUCUUCAGGCUUGGAUUCUCAAGAAGUAUCCAGCGCAACUUUCCCUUAUCAGCCUAGCAUGCUUGAUGGGCUUGUUACAGUCAAUUGCAGUCACCUUAGCUGUUGAACGCCAUCCAUCUGCUUGGGCAGUUGGAUUCGACAUGAAACUCCUUACUGCUGUUUAUGCUGGAGUAAUAGUUACAGGGGUUGGAUAUUAUCUUCAAGGAUUGUGCUUGAAAACAAAAGGGCCUGUAUUUGCUACUGCAUUCUCUCCCUUGGGUAUGAUAAUUGCAGCAAUCAUGGACUCCAUUAUUCUUCAUCAGAGAAUCUAUUUGGGCAGUGUGCUGGGAGGAGUGGUGAUAGUAGUAGGAUUGUAUGGUGUUUUGUGGGGCAAAAUGAAGGACACAAAGCCUGAAAACAUACAAACUCGUAGGGAAGUAAACAUGGAUGGUUGA